CAUCAGAAAGAAAAGUUAUUAUUAGUUUAUUUUCUAUGGUGUUUUAAAUAUAGACAUAUGAAAGCAUGUAUUUUAUGCUCAUGCAAAACAAUCAUAGGGAUAUGGAUAUCAAGAAAGUAUAUGAAUAAACAAGUAUAAACUUCACCAAAUUAUUCAAUUGGGAUUUUAUUUUUUAAAGAUAAAUUCACAUACAAGUAUAUGGAAGAUUCACAAACAAGUAUAGACAUUGAUAUAAAGAUAAAUUCACAUUUUGAAUUGAAUUUGUGAGGAUAAUUUAGGUAUAAAAUUGACGUAAAAAGGAGAUAUAUAGGUUCAAAUAAAAAUUUUCAAAAAAAAAAAAACACGAAUCCAUUGUUUCCUUCGAGUCCUCCAUUCCCCCACCAGUGACUACUUUUCUACCUCCGGCGAGGUCCAUGUCAUCAUGGGUCCCAUGUUCGCCGGCAAAACCACCGCCCUAUUCCGCCGGAUCAAGUUGGAGGGCAACAGCGGCAGUUUCCGUGCUGGGCGCUGUCUGAUCUGUCGUCGUUUCGGCAGAACUUUGGAGGAGAUGCUUAUGACAAGGUAAUUUUGGAGCUGGGGGAUGGACAGAAGUCCCAGGCAACAAUCUCUCUGUAAUCAUCGCCGGGAAAAUAUCAUGGUCAUUUUGAGCUCGGAUUCAGCCAGCAUGUGGUUCACGUAGAAAUGUGACUAGUGGGUCAAGUUCCAUAAGGAGGUGGAAGCAGAAGAAGAAUUGGCGUCACCCUUCAGUUUUUCAACCAAAAGGGGGUAACCUUUAUAAAUGAUUUAUACAAGCUUCUCUGUUUUGUAUCUCUGAAAUUUGAGUUCUUUGACUAUAACUGUGAAUAGUGAUUGGUAAAUAUUUCGCAUUUUUUUUUCUAUGGGCCAUUUGUGUUCUAUUUGGGUUGUAUUUUGAGUCAUGUAAUUCAAAUUGCAAACAAAAGGCUAAAGAAGACAAAUCCAGUACAGGCUCUCAUGGAAAAGUUGAAAUUGAAACUACACUAUGGAAUGUUAAAUAUUUAGUCUAAAUCUGAAGACCGAAAAUAAAAUAACUAUUGAGUAGAGUUAAAUUUUUAGCCUCAAAUAUCGUUAGGUGGACACAAAAUUUUGACCCCAACAUCCAAUUUAAUUAAUUCAAUUUUGAUAAGUGAGUUCAAGAGUUUUUCUAUGACUGUAUUAUUGUAUUUGAUAAAUGAAUGACAAAUUGGAAAUAGUUUCUUACUUAUGUUUUUCUUAGGUGUGUACUAAAUUGGAUGUUGGUUUGGUUAUUUCCGAACUUUUCACAUGACUUUCAUUGCUCAAUAGAGAAUAUGAAAACCCUAACCUUAAUUUUGUAAAUUGAUUUGGGUACCUGCAAAUGAGAAAAGGGUAAAGUUUCUUAUCCCUUUAGUGUUUGAUCCUGAAAUUAAUUUAUCCGUGCGUCCUGGAUCUCUGUACAUUUUGGGUAAAUUUCAACGACUUUCUCUUUUCGAAUGCCUUUUUAUUUUCUAUUUUUGUCUUUGAGCUUCUGCUUUUUGGGCAUUUAGGGUUGUAUUUUCUAUUUCCCAGUCAACUGGAAAUAUUGAGGGGGAGAAAGAAAAAUUGCUCUUCAAUAACUAUGCUUCAAUAUUUCUCAGGGUCUGGUAUUUGAUUAAUUAGAAAUGACAGCUUUACUUGAUUGAUGUUUUUUUUCUUCUUUUUUUCUUUUAUCAAUUUAAGGUACUAUGAAUUGGGACCCGACAAUCCACCAUAUGCUGCCAAGUUCUACGAUUUUUGUGGGGCUGAGGAUCCUGAGGCAUCCAGCUGCACUACCAGUUUCCAUGUUUCGUAUAAUGCUUAUUGAUCCAUAUCAGAAUGGGUGCAAUCUGAGCACUGCUAAAACUGCAAAGUUCUCCGAAAUUUGUGAGAAUGGCUGUGUCAGAUAUGGUUUAUCGUCCAUGCAAGGAUGGUGUACCACAAUGGAGGAUGUUAUCUUCAAUCAGGCUGGCCCCAAAUCAAAUCCUCUCCCUCACUCUGAGUCGCAGUCGAGUACCUCAAAGAAAUCGACGAGGCUCGCUGUGAUCUUCGCGCUCUCAUUUACAGCUGUAGCUACACUCCGAUUAUGCUCCGUUUGGUGUGAACGAUGCCGGGACCUACGAUGCCAAGACGAAGACGGGUGGGCCGAAUGGGUCGAUUCGGAACACGGAAGAGUAAUCUCCUGGUUCCAACAAUGGCUUCAAGAAGGCCUAUUCAUUUUACGAGGUAGCACUCAUCAAUGCAUGUGGAUUCCAUCUGUAUAAGAGAGACGGUAUAAAUAGAUUGUAAGAAGAAUAACAUUUUUGUUUUCUGGCUAAUGUACAGAUUAUUUGUUUUUUAAUUCUCUUGUUUUUUUCUUGCACCCUAUUUUCUAUCUAAUUUUCAGCAUUGGUUUGAACCAAUCGCUUCUAUUAUAUGCUGUUAUUGGGUUUGAGAUUGACCCUUGAGCUAUUGGAGAUUUAUGAUUUGCUUUGCCUCUGUAAUUUUCGUAAACCCAAAAGUGAUACUUGUAAAGCUGUGUAAGAGAAACAGCUGAAUGCAAGCGGAAAUACGACUUUGAGAGAAUUCUCCUCUGUGCCAUGGGGAUUUGAAACUCCAUUUUGACACUAGAAAACAGAAAAGGAAAAACAAAUCCAAAAGAGAGAUAUUGAAGUAAGCUCAGUGUAAUUUUCUGGAUAAACAGCUUUUAAUCAUCUAAUAUCUUCAUAAGCUUUGUCUUCAAUAUGCAGUUCUCGGCGUUGGCUGCGAGCUCCUUAUGCAAAUGGUUCCAUGGCAUUGCUAUAAGCUACUCCAUGUUAAAACUCAACCCACCUGUCCCCAUCUCCUAGAUUUCUUAAUCUACUUAGAAUGCUGAAGAUUUAUGACAAGUUUUCAUGCUUGCAUGUGUAUCAUUUUCAGUAAAAUUCUUUGGGAAAUGUUGAUAGAAAUUGAAUUUCUUGUCGUUUUUUAUCUUCUGAUAAUAGCUGCGCCACAUUGGAGGGAACGGGGCUGUCUGACAAGGACCUCUGCAGUUUGAUAACUCAUGCUUUGUGUAAGAAUUGAAAAAAUGGUGAGAAUUAAUCGUUUUAUGUCCUUCGGAUUUUCAUCUCAUCUUGUUCUUCUUGCGUUCUCUUAGCAGUCUCUGUACAUUUAGUAGUGUGAUUAAUACACUCAAAUGAGAUGACGGUGAUGCUUUUAAGUUUUGACGAUAUUUAUAUAUAAAACAAAAAUUCAUGUA